UAGUUCGUCUGAUAGAUGGCAAAGGAUAUAAAAGCGAGCACUAGUGCCAGCCAUGGGGUAGUACCACUCUGCACGGGAAGUGAAAGUAGUGAAAACGGUUUAAAAAUGUUCAAAACAACUUUGGUUUUGCUGGUAGCAAUGCUGGCCACCACAAGCAGUGCAUUCGAUUUGAAUGAGUUUGUCAUCAAUCCGAGAAUUGUGCAAGGUGAAAAUGCAACUAAAGGACAGUUUCCCUACUAUGUCUUCCUUAAAAUACAAUUAAGUCAAGGAAAUGCUGCCUGCGGUGGUUCCCUUAUCUCAGACGAAUGGGUCGUUACAGCUGGUCACUGUUUGCAUGGAGCCUCAGGUGCCGAAGUUCAUUUGGGUGCAUUGAAAGCAAAAGAAUUGACCGAAGAAGGUCGUGUCAUACUGAAAGUCCCGAAAGAGAAUCUUCAUGUGCAUCCACGUUAUUUCCAAGCUGUUGUAUGGAACGAUAUUGGAUUGAUUAAGCUGCCAGAAAAGGUGAAAUUCAGCAACACCAUCAAACCAGUGAAAUUGGCUUGUUCAUCAUCUAAAAAUAUGGUUGUUACUGCCAUUGGAAACGGUCUCAUGAACACAACAUCCAAAGAAAUUGCUCCAAUUUUGCAAUUCACCACAUUGAAAACGAUUCCAUUGAUGCAAUGCUUGCCAGACUUCCCAAUCUUAUUGUUCAGAAAGUCAGUCAUCUGCGCUCGUGGUGAGCAACAAAAGAGCACAUGCCGUGGUGACUCUGGAGGACCAUUAGUUGCUGGCAAUAGCGGCGCUUUGGUCGGUUUGACAAGCUUUGGCUCGGCUUUGGGAUGCCAUCUCGGUUACCCACAAGGGUACACUAACCUUCCAUCAUACCUCAAAUUCAUCCAGCAAGUCACCGGAAUUUCGGAUUGUCAAAAAGAAGUGAAUUAAAUAUAUGGAAAAGAAAAUGCAAUGAUUUUUUACAUAAACACCAAUAGUAUUAGAGUGAAUAAAACUCUCUACAAAUAUUAAAAAAACAAGUUUUUUCACUUUAUAUAUGUUAAAUGACCUGAACAGCAAUAAUGGAAACGCCAAGAUCAAUACAAGUGGCCAAUGAAUUGUAUACAUUGAAAAAACGAAGAUUUAUUAUUAGACUCAGUUAUAAUUAGAUGUUCUGAAGAUAGAUCGAAGAUUAUCAUUUAAUUAGGAGUUUACAGAAAGAAAAGCGAAAGAAAAUGACCAUUUUCUCAGCUUCUUUCCAUUGCUAAUGAAAAUGAAAUAUGAAGAGCAAUUGAUAAUGAUUUUUGCAAGCUUCAUUGCCAUUGAUAUAAUGAAGCAAACGGUUUAUUUGCACCAGUGCAACAAAAAGUUGGUAUUACACGUUGCACUUUAAAGCAAAAAUAUUCCGAAGCCAACUUUUUGUUGUACCGAGUCAUUUGAUAGAGAAGCUUCAAGAAGAAAUUAUAAUUAUAGCCUAGAAAUGAAAAUUUUACACAACGAAAAACAUUUUUAUGAUUUUUUUUUGCAGAACUAGUUCACUUGUUAAACUGAAUUGUCAACCAAUGAAGCAAGAAGUGAACAAGCAAAUUAUAAGCUGCGAUUCCGAUGUAAGCACUUGUAUAUUGUUAUAUCAUUUAGGCGAAUAAAAAUAUCUCGAACCAGUAGUAGAUUUCCUAAUAAAUUUCAUCAAUUCGAAAUCAAUGAUGUCAUGAAUUCGUAUCAAACCACUCACUGUCCGACCGAAUUUAAUGUGAGGAUGAGUAUUAUUGUGAAUUAUCCGUAAAAAAGGUGUGUUUCUCUGAGUCAGUGACAAACAAUUGACAUUUAUUGACUCAUUAAAAGAGAGUAGUAACCAUAUUGAUAUUUUGAAAUACGUCUUAAGCAUCAGCAAGUUCAGACUUAUCGAAAUACAAAAUUAAAUACAACGUUCGAGCUGUUUUCAAACAGAUGCUCCGAAAUGAAUUCUAUUCUUAUGUAACUGUAAAAUGUUACCAUUAAAUUUUUUUAUCUAAAAUAUAUUAUCGCUUAGUUGAAAUAGUAUGAAUCUUAAACUGUUGGCUCCUUUUGAACUGAUAAAGCAUUGUUAGUUAGAUCCGAAUGAAGAUUUAAUACAAAUUUCUGCGUGCGAAAAAAGUAUACUUUUUCGCGUAGCGCGAAUAAAGCGAUCCGCCCAAUUUCAUUGAAAAAAUUGGUACAUUUCUGUUAGAGUAUUGUGGGAAGAUGUUAAUUUCAUGAAUUUCUGCAGUGCACAAGAAAAAAAGUUGUUUGUACGGUGGGCUCUUGGUCUAUUUUUGAUUGUUUAUUCAAAUUUUCAUCAAGUGUGUUGCAACAGUGAAUUGAAUCUAAAUUCCAAAUGGCACAAAACAUUGAAUUCUUAACAACAAUCAUCUCGAAUCAUCUUUGCAACACGAAAAAAGGCUAAUUGAAUUUGUUGUUUAGCCUUCUUCGGCUAUUACACGAUACGAUUUGCAACGAUUUCUGAUUUUGUUUUCUUUUUAUGACAAUCGGUUGUCAUCACACUGAAUGUUUCAUGCACAAUCGUGUCUCCGCACACCAACGUGAUCACACGCAAUGAACGCAAACAAACGAAGUGUGUGCAAGGAAUUGCCAUAUUCAAAGGGUACAAAAGCGACAGUUGAAAUAAAUCACAGACAAGAAAAUUCACAAAAAAUAACCAAAAGUACAUACGGACAACGCAGGCCAACGGUACGGAUAAGUUCGGGAUUACCAAUGUAAUUCUUUUUAUUUGCGAUUGAAAUUGGCAAAUUUGAAAAAUUAUUUGCAUGACAAACACUUUAUUUGCAGAAUAUUUGCCAUAUUUGCGAUACUGUCUUCUACGCCAGUAGCGCCUCUGUCGAAAAUACAUGCCAUUCUUGAAUAUUCACGCAAACAUAUUUGCUAUAUUUGUAAAUACGUCGCAUAUUUGUAAGCAUUUGCGAGGUAUUUUGAUUUGAUCUUCCCCCUAGGUGGAAAAUAACGGGUUUUGUUCGGUGAAUUUUUGAGAGAUAUAAUAAACCAAUUGCUCCAGACCGAAAUGAAUGUUCUGUAGUUCAUUUGGCUUCAUGCAGCAGCUAGUCUUCACUAAUAUUUCAAGUAUUUAAAGAAAAAAAUUCUCACUCAUUUUAACGUCAUUAGUUUAUUUUCCUGAAAAUUUAGAAAAUUGCAUUUCAAAAUGGUGAAAGUCGAGGUUUGUAAACAUACGUGUUUGUUCCCUCUCGAGAGUCACACGAAAAAGGAGCAUGAUGAACCGACUAACUUAAACUUCAAUUUAUCACAUUGAAAAACAUCUCACCAUAAAAUUUGAGCGAUAUGCCGUGUGGGCUUUAAAUGUUUUUUUUUCUCAUCUUCUCUUUUUUCUUUUUUCUGAAAAUAGUUCUUUUCCUUUUCUUUCUUGAUUUUUACUGUCGCACAGUUUUUAACAAGUUGUUCAAUCCCCCUGCUCGAAAAAAAACUGAACUUACGCAUACGCAUUCAUAAACGCAUUCAUACACGCACACAUCAACAACACCAUGCCAAAAGCAAAAAAUAACGGUUUCAAACGCGAUAUUGAGAAAUCUGCAUCAAAUCCAGAUUUUGCAAUCAAAGUGGUGGAGGCUUUGCUUACGGUAGCGGAGAGUGAAACUGUUUCGUCAGCACGUUGAUCUUGUGUGCGUGGUGAGGACUCGAUGCUGCUUGUUGACGAGUCGGCCCAAUCAUUUUUUUUCCAUCCAUUAUGAUGAUGCUUUUAUGAAAACUAUAAUAAUGAAACGUUCAAGAAUAAUAUUCAAAUGAAUAUAAUAUUCAUCACUUAUUUUGUCAGUUUGUUGAUAACCUUUGAUGCACAAAUCUUCUAAUGAUUGAAAAAUGUCUAUUGUUUCUUCUUUUUCUAAUAGUGUAUUUAAUUUAGAACAAUUUAAUGCAAUUUGUAAUAUUAUAUUAUAUAAACGUUUAGUAUUUCUAAAAUUGAAAUCAAAAUUUAAAAAUGCUUCUUUUAUUAAAUUUAUUUGGUGUACCAAAUAACUAAAUUAUUUGUCAUGAUCUGUAGACAUCUUACUUGUUCAAAUGCUCGAAUAGUAAUGAACAUGUUUUCAAUGUGUUGGCUAACUGUUGAAUAAUAAAAUGAUAUCUACUUUGCAUUUCAAA